GAGGAUUUUACUAAUUGGCGGGUAGCAAACGUCUUCUGCUGCAAACGUCCCGGGGUCCAUGACUUCCAGCAACAAAGGAUGAUGAAUAAAGUUGAUUUUCUCAUUUAUCACUGAAAUAUAACCACUUCCGCGUCUGUUUAAUGUCCCGCUGAUGUGUCAGAAAAGUAAAGCAGGUGCCUCGACGAUGGACGAACCAGUCGAACAUUCGCCAUAAUAGCAGAGAGCCUGCUUUAAAGACAUUAAAAUGAUUCGAAUUGCGGCUCUAAAUGCUGCUUUGACAGCCGCCGACGAGUGUCAGGACCCGCUGAGGAGCAGCAAGAGUCGGACGAAAGAGGCUCAGGAAGCCGAAGCUUUUGCUUUAUAUCACAAAGCUUUGGAUCUCCAGAAACAUGACAAGUUUGAGGAGUCCGCUAAGGCCUACCAUGAGCUGCUUAAAACGCCACUGCUCAGAGAGGCACUGCCCUCAGAGGAUCAAAGAGUGGGUCUCAAGCAUCCUGGACUGAUGCUGAAAUAUUCCACCUUUAAAAACCUUGCCACUAUGGCUGCAUCCCGGGACGACUUGGAGAAAGCAAUGGAGUUUUAUUUGGAGGCUGUCAUGUUGGACUCGACUGAUGUGAACAUGUGGUAUAAAAUCGGUCAGGUGGCUGUGCGACUUGUUCGCAUACCUCUGGCGCGUCACGCGUUUGAGGAGGGCCUGCACUGCAACCCGGACCACUGGCCAUGCCUGGACAACCUCAUCACUAUUCUGUACACGCUUAGUGACUAUACCUAUUGUUUAUACUUCAUUGCCAAAGCCCUGGAGAAGGACCACUGCUACACUAAAGGCCUUGUGUUGAAGGAAAAAAUCUUUAAGGAGCAGCCCUGCUUGAAGAGGGAUACGAUGCAGUUGUUUACAAAAUGCGAUAUGUCCAUUCACUAUGUGGAAGUGGAAGAGGAAGAGCGCAGAUCCAUCAUUGAAGAGGCCAUGGAGAUAAGGAGGCGCAGACAGACUCUCUCUCACCGUGAACCGAAACCAGACCUCGUCCUGGUCCAGCCCAUGCACUGCCUCUCAUGGAAGCAGGUCGGCGAAAGCUUUCUCGCAAUGUACAAACAUCAGACGACCUGCGAACCUCCACGGCCGAGUUUGGGCUGCAGAAUCGACCUGUCGGCGUACCGCGACCCCACCUUCCCCCAGAACCUUCCCCAGCCGAGUAGCCCUGUGAGCAUGGGCUUGGCCACGGUGCUCAGCAGCCCCAGCUCGUCCCUGCCGCCGGUGGCCUUCAGUGAGCCCACCGUCCUGCUGGGUUCUCAGCCUCAAAUCACCCUUAGUCAGACGACCGUGGAGAUCACAACUACAGCUCCCCCUGCUGCUGCAGGCAUGGACAUUUCCCUGGCAGAUAAAGUGAAGAAAGCUCCAAAGAGAAGACGUGUGGUGGAGGACAGCGGCGAGACGGCCAAGCGUCGCUCGGCACGUGUUCGAAACACAAAAUGCAAGAAGGAAGAGAAGAUUGAUUUCCAGGAGCUGCUUUUUAAAUACUUACCUUCCAGGCUCAAGAAGUUUGAUCCCGACAAUGACGACGAGAGCUUGGGGAAUCUUGAGACGCAGUGUGACGGGAAGGAUGACGUUCAGCCUGUUCACGGAAGCUGCUUACCAGCCGACUCCGUUGAACUCAUGGAGUCUGCUUUUUGUUUCUCUUUGUCAGAGCAACAAGAUGUUCACAACUUCUUGCUCAAUAAUUUGAGCAACGGUGGCAUCCUGGAUCUGAUGAUGCGCUACCUGAAAGCGGUUGGUCAGAAGUUCAUGGAGGAGUGGCCGCGGGGGCUGACCUCUGUGGUGCUGGAGGUUUAUCAGACCUGGAGGAAACACAGUAUGGGCCUCCCCAACCCUCUUCUUCGGGACUGCAGCAACCAGCACAUCCAGGAAAUGUUGACAAUGAGCUUGGCCUGUAUGGAGUUGCAGCUGGAGCAAUGGUUGCACAACAAAGGGAAGAUUGUUAUUCCGAGAAGAAAUUGCGGCGGUCCCAGCAGUGAGACGGCCGACUCCGAGUUUCCCGGGCAACACUUCCAUGGCGACUUGUUAAUCCUGGCCCUCGGCUCGUCCCAAAGAGAUCUGUUUGGGAGCAUCUGGUUGGAUGUCAUGGUGCGGGUCUACUGGUUGAAAGCACGAUUCUUGGCCCUGCAGGGAGAUAUGGAUUUGGCCCUCGAGAGCUAUGAUGUUUGUAUAGGGCUGUUGCAGAGCAAACCAAAAACCGCUGGUGGGAAACAUUACACAAUCAACCUGCCAAACCUACGUGUAGAUGCAGCCAUAUCUGUGGAGGAGAUUGACAAGAGGCUGAAGUCCCUGGAGCGGUGUCAGUCUUUAGAGGAGAUCCAGCGUCUCUUUGAGUCGGCAGACUUUGAGUCUGUUGUGCGCCUGCUGCAGCCCACUCUUAAUUAUGAGAACAGGAGCAAAUCUCUGGAGUUUGUGAGCUCGACGCCGGAGCGUCCCGCCCAGCUGAUGCUACUGCAGAACUCCCUGCUGAAGCUGCAGGACUACCGGCAGUGCUUGGAGUGCAGCGAGCUGGCUUUGAACGAAGCCCUGCAGCAGCUCAACUCUGCUCCAGGCGGUUCUGCUCCGAGCAAGGAAGAGUGGGUCAGCACCAUCAGAAAGCUGCUGGAUGGCGUCGAAACAUGCUUCACAAAAGAACCGGAGCUUCUGAGCAAAAUCCCUCACUUCUCCAGCAUGGCCCGACUGGCAAACAAUCUGAUUCAGCUGAUUGAUCUUAGCAUGAGUACUUCAGAUGAUCCAAAGGAGCCCUAUUUCUUCUCAGUUCUGCCUUGGAUUAUCUUGUGUCGGAUUAUCAAACAUGAGGAGGCUGCUUUUGACUGCAUGCUUCGGCAGCAUAUAUCUUUAGAUGACGACGAAGAUGAACCAGAAACUCCCCUGCUUCCCUCGUCUCUGAUGCUUUUGAGUACAGCUCACGAGUAUCUGGGUCGUCGGUCCUUAUGCUGCAGCUCAGACGGAGCCCUCCUAAAGUUCUUUAUUAGGGUACUGGAGAAAGAAUUUGCUGCUUCUAGCAACAAUGACUCCUUUCCCUAUAAGGAAGAGCUGGAAAUGGCCUUGGAGCAAUGCUUUUUCUGCUUGUACGCAUAUCCCAGUAAGAAGAGCAAGGCGCGCUACCUUGAGGACCACUCAUCCCCACAGGUUGAGCUUCAGUGGAGCGACGCUCUUUUCAUGUUCCAGUAUUUCAAACCAAAGUCGCUGCCCGAGUUCGACAGCUAUAAGACCAGCACAGUGUCUGCAGAGCUGGCCAAUCUGCUGAGGAGAUUUGCAAGCAUAGCUCCCCCAAGCAAAACCCCCACCUUCACCAUGGAUGAAGUGGCAGCCUACAUCGAGGACAUGACAGAAAAGGUCCCAUCCCUUCCAGCAGGCAGCCCUCCUGCUCCCCCAAUCAUCAAUGAGAUCUACUACCUGUUGGCUGACUAUCACUUCAAGAACAAAGAGCAGUCUAAAGCGAUCAAGUUCUAUAUGCAUGACAUUUGCGUUUGUCCCAACAGAUUUGAUUCCUGGGCAGGCAUGGCUUUAGCCCGAGCCAGCCGGAUCCAAGAGAAGCUCAAUUCAAACGAGCUGAAAAGCGACGUUCCCAUAUGGAAGCACUCCCAGGCAGUGCUGAACUGCUUCAAGCGGGCCCUAGAGAUAGACAGUUCCAACCUGUCCCUGUGGAUUGAGUACGGCACCAUCUCCUACGCGCUGCACUCUUUUGCUUCUCGGCAGCUCAAACAGUGGCGAAACGAGCUCCCUCCAGACGUUGUUAAACAGAUGGAGGAAAGAAGAGACUCAAUGCUGGAGACAGCUUUUCAGUGUUUCCAGGGGGCCUCCCGCUGUGAGGGCGACAGCGAUGAAGAGGAGUGGCUCAUCCACUACAUGCUGGGGAAGAUAGCCGAGAAGCGCAGGAAGCCCCCCGAUGAAUACCUGCAGCUUUACAAGAAGGCGGCUCAGUAUCUACAUGAAGAAGCUGCUCGGUACCCGAGGAAAAUUCAUUACCACAAUCCUCCUGACCUGGCUAUGGAGGCCCUGGAAUUGCAUUUCCGCUUGAGUGCAUCCAUACUUAAAUUGCUGCAAGCUACCGAGUCAGAGCUGGAUCACGAGUUUUUAUUUAACUUACUGGUGGAAGCAGCGACCGGGCCGUUUGCAAAGGGGGAAGAGAAGAGCAUGCCAAGCUUGCCGAGGUCCAAUGAAAAAGAGAAACCCCCUACGAUGCUGGAAGAAGAAUUUAACUGUUCCUCUGUUUGCAUGGGGAACGUGCUCAGCUCCUCCCUCCCCUCUGCCGUCACCCCAGGUGUGACAUCCCCUCCUUACGUGGCCACGCCAUUUGACCACGAUUACGCCAAACGCAAAACACUCCGAAGGCAGCAGUGGCAGCAGCAACGGCAUGAGGAGCAGCAGGCUGAUGCCUCACCAGGGUUUGACCAUGAAUACUGCCUGCCCAGGUCUGCAAUAUGGCUGGCUUCCUUCAAUGAGCGAAGCCAGGACAGCGAGGUGGUGUUGCUUUCUGAUUCCAACUCCACUCAGGAUGCCUUCACAGAUCCCGCCAGUUCCCAGGACACCAGUCACAGACCCGCCUCGGUCAAAGCCAGUCCGUCGUCGUCGGAGAGCACGACCCCCGUGAAGGAUGGCCAGCCCUCCUCUGAGGACACAGUUUUACAUAGAGACCAAACGGGCGUCCAGAUAGAAGAGAAAGUUAUUCAGGAGAAAAUUGUCGGCAUGGUGGUGGAAAUCCCCGAGGGACUGGCCCCUAAGCUCCCUGCAGACCCCUGUCCUCUUCCUCUCAUCACCGUGGCCACGCCGCCGAAGCCAGCAGCCCCCCAGCAGGGCGCCGGCCAGACCCCGGCCAGCGAGGGCAAGAAGAAGCCCGAGCCCCCCGCUGAGGUGAUCGAAGUGCCCAAAGCUUUGCCAGCAGAACGAGCCGAGCAGAGACGAAUGCUGGUGGAGAUGUGUGUCCGCGUUCUGGUUCUCUGCCUCAGCCGCUUCCCUCAGCACUACAAGUCUCUCUACCGCCUGGCCUACUUCUACACCAACAGCAAGACUCAUCAGAACCUACAGUGGGCCAGAGAUGUGUUGCUAGGAAGCAGUGUCCCAUGGCAACAGCUGAAGCACAUGCCAGCACAAGGACUUUUCUGUGAAAGAAACAAGACAAACCUGUUCAACGGCAUCUGGCGUAUUCCGGUGGAUGAGAUUGAUCGCCCAGGAAGUUUUGCAUCUCAUAUGAACCGCUCUGUCGUCCUCUUGUUGGAGGUGCUGUCUCAGCUCAAGGAUCACAACACACUGCUAAAAGUCUCUUUCAUGCUACACAAAAACCCCGACCAGGGAAAGAAAUAUUUACGGGAUGUCGAUCGCCAGGUUUUGGCCAAGAGUGCAUUUUUCCUAACUGUAAAAGUCCUGGAGGACAACCUGAGCAGUCUCACGGGGGUGUCUGAGCAGCUGCACAAAGCGCCCGCGCCCUCCCUGGGGGAGAUGACCACAACGGACGCAUCCAGCAGGCCCGGCUCCGACGACAGCAAGCAUGUGCUGCCUAAGAAGCCCGGGCUAACAGAGGGAGCGUGCGUCUCUGACACUGGACCCAGGGAAGCCUCACAGGCUCAGCUGACCUCGCUGCCAGCGGCAGCAGAUACAGGGAGUAAAACUCAAGAGGGCUUUCCUGGGAAGCCAGAGACCGCCGGGAACGACGGGAGCAAAGCGGGGCCAGACGAGCCGAUGGAGAUGGAAACCUGCCUCUGGAGGAAGCCCUCUACCACCACAGACUCUCAGGGCAACCAAGCAGAGACCGAGGCCUCCCUGAGCGGCUCGGAAGCGCAGCAGAAAGUGACUGAAACCAGCCGGGCGCCGCCGGAGCUGUCUCUGGAGGAGCUGAGCAUCAGCUCGAGACAGCAGCAGCAGCCGCCAUCGACGCUGGCAGCCGCACCAAAAGUCACUGUGGCUGCAGGUGCGACCGAUCAGGCCUUACUACGAAAGCCAAACAGGAAAAGGAAACUUAUAGAGGAUGUGGAGUCCGGAAAAACCCUACUGCUUGAUGCCUACAGAGUCUGGCAGCAAGGACAGAAAAUCAUGACCUAUGACCUGGGGCGCAUUGAGAAGAUCAUGUCCGAGACGUAUAUGCUCAUAAAACAGGUCGAUGAGGAUGUAGCUCUGGACCAAGCAGUGAAGUUCUGCCAGAUACAGUUGGCCGCCUCAGCACAAAGACAGCAGUCGACAGGCGACGCCCCGACCACGCCCAAGUACACCAAGGAGCACAGGGACCUCUUCUUCCCCGCCGCCCUGCCAGCUCCCGUCCUGCUCACCCACCCCGUCUGCCACCCGCCGCCCGCCCACGACGGCCAGGCCAGGGGGGCCUGCGAGCCCCUCAGCAAGGUGGCCCGACCCCAGAGCUCAGGCUUCCACCACGAUCAGAGGAGAGCAGCCGGCCAAGCCGCCGCCGCCGCCACGGCCUUCCUCCCACCGGCAGAGGAGCGGGAGGAGCCCACAGAGGGGCUGCUGUACCGCCAGCAGGAGUCCCACCUCUGUCACCAGAUGAAACUGGCCACCGUCUCCCAGGGCCAGGAACCUUCGGCGGCCUGGUUUCAGGAGGAAGCGGCAACAUGUAGCACCACGCAACCUUGUUCAGACCAGCCGCAGUACGCCAGCAGCGAGCAGUCCAAGCUUCCAGACCCCAGCCGGAUCCGCGCCCGCGCCCCGGCGAACAUGCCAAAGCUCUUCAUCCCUUCCACCGUCACAAAGUUCCCCCCGGAGAUCACGGUAACGCCCCCCACCCCCACGCUGCUCUCCCCUAAAGGCAGCAUCUCGGAGGAAACCAAGCAGCGACUGAAGAACGUCAUCCUGUCAUCCCAGUCCGCUGCCACGGUGAAGAAGGACACGCUGACCCAGCCGGUGCUGGAGGUGCAGGAGACGUCCAGCCAGGAGUCGUCUCUGGAGAGCGAGUCGGACGAGGAGGACGACUACAUGGACAUCUGAGCCUGAAACUCGGAUUAGGGUUCAACUUUUCGAAAAAAAAAAAAAAAUUUAUAAUAAUAAUUGAUUCCUGAGCAGCUGUCUGUGUUGAUGCUUUGAUUCCCUCACGUGCCAUACAGGAAAAAAAAAAAAAAAUCUCCACUCCAAAUGGAUGAAAUGCAGUAUUCUAAGCCGCUGCGUGGUUGCUACGGUUGCAAGGAGUGUGUCGGCGCAUGACGGACUUUGAAGGCUUUUCGUCCCGCAGCAUGCCUGAAACGUGCCACUAAUGCAUAUCACACGUCAAGCUUCUUCAGCUCUCUUGCUUUACAUCCGACCCAAAAAAAAAGAGAGAGAAAGGAAAAACAGUUUGCCUUUAACGGCCACCAGCGACAUUUUUAUGCAUCUUUACUACGUCGUGUGCAGAUUUUUUAUUUUAUUUUUUCCCCUCUCCGAGCUGCAGCUAAUCGCUCGUCUUGAGCACUUUCCUGUCGCCGUUUACUGCGCCGUGACAUUCUGGUCUCGACGCGUUGCUACACGAUGCAUUUGGGUGAAACCGGGAGGGAGGACGGGGCGGGCGGGCGGGCGGGCGGCCGGCCGGUCACGCUCCGGCUCCGUCCGUGGAGCCAGCGAUCCGCGAAGCCUCAUAACCUGUAGCAGACUGAAAAUGUUUACACUGAACACUUGGGAUGCUUCUCAGUUGGCACUUAAAUUUGUGUUUUUCGUGUUAUUAUUCUGUCUCUUCUGUGCGCAUUUGUAGCUACGAAAACACUUCUCUCCAGGAUGACGUCCCGCCACCAGCACUGAUCCGAAUAACGAGAGGAAUUAGCUUUUGUACAAAACAAGAAGAAAAAAAACCCGGAAUCUUUUGAAUGUUUGUUGGAUUGAGCUGGCGGGAGGAAGGUGCCGCAAACUCUACCCGACGUCAGAGGAACCGAUGCGCACGACGACGAGGACUCUCCAAUCUUGAUGCCUUUCCACUGAACUCACUUAAGGACAGUUUGUCACAUUUCUUUGCCUAAACUCAGAGGAAGACGCACCGAAUGUUUUUUACAGAUAUUUUUUUCUAUAAAAAAAAAAAAAAAGAGAGAGAGAAAGACUUCUUAUGUUUCUUGAAAACCACGUGUGGUCGUUUUUAAAAGACAAGGGCACAAAUAAAUUAAAUGUUCCCACCGUAAUAAAGAAGAAAAAAAAUA